GCUAGCUAUUUCGUAUUCCAACAGAAACACUACCAACAAAUCGCUGGCACAGCAAUGGGUAACCCUCUUUCGCCCGUGUUAGCAGAAAUCGUCACCGGCGAACUGAUAGAUGCAGUGUUAUCCAAACUAGGUGUGCACAUUCCAAUCCUGAAAAAGUUUGUUGACGACUUUUUCAUCGUUAUUCCGGCCAACGAAGUUGAUACAGUUUUGGGUGCAUUCAACGACUAUCACCCAAAACUGCAAUUCACGGUCGAAUACGAGGUGGACGGCAGGCUACCAUUCCUCGACAUGGUCGUUGUUCGCAACGAAGACCAAUCUUUCUCCACUGAUUGGUUCAUGAAGCCCAUCGCAUCUGGACGGAUCCUUAAUUACUUCUCGCUGCAUCCAAAACACCUAAAAAUAAAUGUGGCAUACAACUUCGUCAAAAAGGUAAACACCCUUUCGACGAUCAAAACGGAGCAACAGAAAAAGGAGACGGUGAUGAGACUACUGAAGCUAAACGACUACCCCGUCUCGUUGAUCAACAGACUGAUUAACCGACACAACGAGAGAAGAACGAGAACACCAACACAACCAGAAAAUGACGAUCAACAAAUCAAAAUUUAUAAGUCGAUUCCAUACAUAGUAGGGUUAUCACAGCAGAUCACACAAUACUUUAAGAGAUCAAAUGAAUUUGACAAUAUUAACAUAGUACAUUAUAAUAACAACACAGUAGGUUCAUUGUAUAGAGCUAUGAAAGGGAGGACAGAUACAUAUCAGCGUAAUAACGUAAUUUACUGUAUUGGUUGUCAACAAUGUGAUGCCAAAUACGUUGGUAUGACAACCAACAAAUUACAAACACGUAUGUACGGACAUAAAUCUGAUGUAAAUCUCCUGGACAAAGUCACCAAAAUAGAAAACACUUCAGACAGGCUACACAAAUUGAGCGGUCUGAAGGAAAGAACAGCAAUGAUGAACCACUGUGUUAGCACAGGGCACAGAUUUGACCUGCAGAAUGCCAGUAUAUUAGACCAUAGCUUGAAAACAAAUAGACUACCGAUACUAGAGGUAUGCCACAUAAUGACAACACAAAAUAUAAACAAACGGACAGAUGUAGAGGGGUUACACACAUGUUAUACAGGUAUCAUGCACACACUGAACAGAUUAUCUCACAGAAACAGACAAAAUAGGAACGAUCUUGACACUAAUACAAUAGAAACAGAUGAAGCGCGAAUGAAUCAAAAUGACGAAUAACGUAGACAGAAAAGACGAUUGAAGUUGAAGAGCUUGAUAGUUAAUAAGUGUUAUAUUGAAUUGUGGGCGAAAAACAUAGUACAGUGGAGGCGUACAGAUGGUAGUACUAGAUUACCAAACCGACUUCCCAACGACAAAACUAAGACAACACUACAGGCUGAAUGUUUUUGGACAGCUACGAAUAAUUCUUUAUCCCUGAUGAAGAUCCAAAUUGGGAUCGAAACGUUGGAGCCAAGAAAAUAAAUUCGUAGGCCAAUUAUUAAGACUGCAAGCCAGAAC